GGCACCUUGUCGUGGUGCAGGGGCUUAAGUCGCAAGGCAUACUUGACACCUCCCAACCGGUAUGAGCGGUGCUGACUUGCACUGCUUAGGCGGGUUGUCAGAUGCCGUAUGCCUGCGGCAACCAAGAUCUGCCACCUCCUAAUCCAGGGUGUUAUGCGACUCCCGUGCCCAUUGGAUGAUUUGCAGCCAGGAGGUUAAUUCGGCUGUAUUCUAACGGAGCCUUCCCAACACCGGGCCGAAUUGGGAAGUAACGGUGGCCUUACCGCGUCAUGGGGCUCUGGCGCGGCGGACCUUCGUGUUCCCCUAUACAAAUGUAGACCUGACCGCUCACCGCGUUGAGCCAAGGGUCGUAAGAACAAGAUGAUAAACAACAAAGCAACAAACACAACACAAAUAACUACCACAAGGCAACGACCACUGCAAACGGCAAAGGACAAUGGUAAUGACAACAGUACCGGUGCAGAUAAGGUGUGUUCAGGAGCUAAACCUAAGUUUAGCUUCCUGGAUGCCCUAUCGCCAGAGGAUCGUGCGCUAUUUGAAGAGCAUAUCAGGGAGGAUGAUGUCGACAUGCCCUCGAGUAGUAGCGCUCAGCAGACGACAUCCACUGCGGUCGCUGGAAAUGUGACGAACACCACCAUAGCCCCCUCAAACAGGCUAAGCUGCUCGGAUUCUGGAGAAGGUGGUACUCGAAAAAAAAGGAAACGGAGAGGCAAAGUACCCCCCCUACCACCAGCAGGUCAUCCAGGUGGUCAUGAUGACCCUCGUAGGAGGGGAAUGAGCGGUGCCAGCUUUAAAUGGUACCUGAGGCAUCUUCAGGAAGGAAGAUCUCCUGAGGAGGCCGAGCAGAUGGCGCGUAACAGGAUCAGAGGCAGCGCCGCUUCAAAGGCGCGUAAGGCCGGAAAUACCGCAUCCGUUAGCAAACGGAGUAGCGGAACUCGUAUCCGCGAUCCAGUCAACGUCAAUCCAUCCAGUAAUUGCGGAAGCGAAAGGACGGCGCCUCCAAAGACACAUACCAUGAAACGCAAAAGCGAACACAUAACGCCACAGGAGCCACCGAACACUAAACGGCAGAAGGUUAAUUAUGCCCAGGUAGCUGGAGGUGUACUCUCCGCACCUAAUCCUUCACGGGUGGCUGAGGGACAGCGCCGAUGUACGGAUGCCUUAAAAGGUAUACAGAUGGCUGUGCUGCCUUUGAAUUACCCGGUGGAGACUAUGGGGGCAGAGGAGCUUACCGCUCUACAAGAUCUCCUCAUGGAAGAAGUAUACAGGGGGUGUGGGUACCCAGUCUCCUUCCAUGCGGUGCAUUUUAAGGGCGGUAUACUACAGGUGGAUUGCAAGGACGAGAGAAGUGCUGACUGGCUACGGGAGAUCGCCCCCAAGCUGGUAGGCUGGAAGGGCCCCGUCCUAUGCGCAAAGAGGGGAGAAGACAUUCCGCCCAUGCACAGCAUGACGGUGUUUCUCCCCAGGUGUGCCGAUAAGCCAUUUGAAUUUGCUCUAGGGCUCGUCAGGAACCAAAACGAGGGAAUUAAUACCUCGGCCUGGCGAGUGGUGUAUAGCAAAGUUGAGGAUUCUGGGUGGAGGCUGAAUAUCUGUGUUGACGAUGAGUCCUAUAAACUCAUCCGGAAGGAGGGCUUCCGCCUAAACUACCGGUUCAGCUCGGUAGUCAUGAGACCCUACAGGUCCAAGGCUACUAAGGAGAGCGAAAAGGAUGAGAAAAUGCUGGUAAACGAGGAUGCUACGCAAACGAAGGACGGCGUAGAUGAGGACCAGUACCUCAUAAAACAGAUCCUGUAGUCGUCACCGAUGCGAAAGUUGCCCAGGUGAACCUGCAUCACGCGGUGAUAGUAUCCACUGCAGGUUUACAUCGGAUAACCUGGGCAUCCUACUGAGACAGGAGCCAUAGGUCCGCAAAGGAGAGAGUUCCUAACACAGGACCUGGUCGAUGUGCAGGCCAAGGAUAACGAAGGUGCAGACUUCGUCCUGGCAACUGCCUAAUUUUCAGGAGAAACACCAUCUGCACCUACAGAGGCUGUGCAGGGCCUGGUAGACUACUACAGGAGAAAUAUACUGCCCCUGAUUCUGGGUUGCGAUGAAAACGCACGUCACAUAGAAUGGGACAACACGUACUGCAACACACGGGAAGGGAAGUGCUAGACAUCAACCUCAGUAAUGAACUCAUCUCACGGAUCUGAGUGUCAUCAGAACCUUCAAUGCUGGAUCACAGAAUCAUGAGAUUCGGGCUAAAGGUAGAGGUCACGCAACUCCCCCCAAACGAAUUACAAAGAACAGCAAUUGGGUCACAUAUCGGGAUACUUCUCUAGCUCUGGAGAACAGACUGUUCGCUUAUAACAAGGAGUUUAGGUGUGCUAAACAGCAGAAUUUCAGAAAUUUGUAUGAAAACGUUUUCUGCACAGGGCUCUGGCUAAAGGUAAGACUGACGCAGUACUAGCCUUUAAAAGAUGUGACGGAACCUAUACGAUUAGCGCGAAAGAAAUAGCUACGGCACUUCUGUUGGUGCAUUUCCCUGAAACAAUUAUGGUAGCUCAGUGUAUACUUACAGCCGAACACGCUUAGAUUGGGUAGUCGCAAGACAACUGUUUACUGCGGACUUAAUCAAAUAGGCUAUGGCUUCGCGAAAUUGAAGAAUCCGGGGGCGGACGGUAUCUUUCCAGCACUUUUGCAACAGGGAGAGCAGGUUCUACUGCCCUACCAUGUUCGGCUGAUGAGAGAUAGCUUUACGCUGGCGUACAUCGCUGGAUCAUGGAACAACGCGAAAGUGAUCUCUAUACACAAGAGCAUGUCACUGGCGAAAUCCUUCAGGAAAAAGGAUAAAAGGUAUUGUUAUGCGCCUUUAUAGAUAUCGGACGUGCCUUCGACAACACGUUUCAAAAGGAAUGUGGUGGUACCGGUGCGCAGAUGGAUUGAGCACUUACUACACAUCAGAAUAACUGAAACCACAGUAGGGGAUACUUGAAUUCGUGUCUGCACAAGAGGCUGUCCACAGUGUGGAGUACUAUCUGUCAGGGAUAUGCGCAUUUCUGUCUUCGGUAGGAUUUCAACUUUCACAGCUUCAACGACUCGCCUACAUCGCUGUGUCGGCUGCCAUGUGCACAUACCCGACGCCCGCACUUGAAGUCAUGCUGAAGCUCACACCGCUUCACCAAGUAAUGGGCCAGAUAGCCAAACACACACUGCUACAAAUGUGAGCAGAAGGGUUUGGCAGAGACAAUGCUGCUGUUCUUAGAGAGUCAAGUGUCGAAAAAUUAAAGUUAAUGCAAAGCUAGGGAAUUCAUACUCUCCCUGUAAAAUUCAGCAGUUGGGCUCAGCUCGGCCUAAUCAAAAGUGAUCACAUUCCACUGGUUUCACAUCUUUGAAAAGAAAAAAGGUUGAAAUCGCUUUCAUUUCUCCUGGCCCGUACCAUAAAUCAAGGUGAAAGAUUGUCAAAGCUUAUAUGAAUGAGUUUGCGAUUAAGAUUUUUAAGGAAUAUCGAAAAGCUACGAAACUAUUGGAUCAAAUAUUUUGUUUGUGUCUUUAAAAAAUCAACGCUUGAAAACAAGAUUAACGGAAUGAAAAGUUUUGCAACAAGUUUGCCCGAAAUUUCCUGUUUCCAAUGGAAUCGCGGCAACGAGUUGUUGAAAAGGCUGCAGAAGUGUUUUGUGGAGUCUACACAAAGCAUACAUUGAAGAUCGUGAAGUAAUCGAAAACUUGCCUGAUGCGUUUCGUCCAUCCACCUCUGUUAAUGGCGGUAACAUCGAAAAAGUUAAAGACACAGUGCUCGAAAACUGUUAAGGUCACAUUAGAGAGAUGUCAGAGGAUCUCAACACCUCUUAUGAAUCGGCGCAACUCAUUUUUAUUAAUGUUUAAAGCGUGUUAACUCUAGACACAUACAAAAAAAUUUGAAACUUUUUCAAAAACAACGGAGAGUGCGCAAAAAAGAUGUUUGCUUAGCUGAAGACCCUACAUUCAACAACCACAUCAUUACUAGUGGCGAGACGUGGAUUUAAGAAUAUGAAGUCGAAAUUGUCCAACAAUCUAACAAAUGGCGAUUCAAGAAUGUGCCGAAACCGAAGAAAUCAAAAUUCACUGAAUAUUCCGAAUGUACAGAAGGAACUCCCAGCCGAAGCUUAUAGCAAGUGUAUGGAAAAUAGGAUGAAAUAUUGACAUUCCUGAGUUGAAUCAAAAGAUGCCUAUUUUGAGGGCAACAAUAAAGAUUUGUAUUAAAAUA